GUUCGUGAGAUUGCCAGAGAAUGGCAUUUAGCCCUGUGAAGCUCCGACGGAGUGGCCCUCCGUUGACGAUAUGCCGUAUACGUGGAGGCGCGCGUGGAGCCUCAUGGGGGUGCUAGAAUAGAGACAUAUAAACGUACAUGUUCGGGACGAUCUACCAACCUCUUGUUUGUCAACGAGGAUAUAGAGGAAAGCAAAAGGGGGAAGAAGAAGAAGACUGCAAACUCGACAAACGAACCCGAGACGGCGAUGAGAAGGGAGAGUCUCAGUGAGCCACCACCGUGCGGAGCCCAACUUCGUAUUUGUCCUGUCGUGGCCGCGAGUUCGAGUAUAAUAAGAUGGGCCGAGAGGUAGACGAAGAGGCCAGGGCACCGCUACGCUCGGAAAAUGAAAGAGAAAAAGAAAUCGACAAUGGCUCUAUAGAUGACGACGUUGUAACCACUACCUCGCCGACACGAUACGACGCGAGAGGCGAGCUACGUCUAGAAGUAGACGGCAUAGCUGCGGAGGCGAGUGAAGUCCGGUGGCGAGACCUGCCAAACAAAGACCAGCUCUUCAUCCUGUCGCUGUGCCGCCUCUCCGAGCCGCUCUCCAACGUCUGCCUCCUGCCGUACAUCUUCUACCUGGUGCGCUCGGUGCUAGCUGCCGCCGCCGAAGACGUCAACCAGGCCGACGCUCCCGGCCGCGGCGGCAACGAGGCCGCGCGGGUGUCCGAGUACUCGGGCCUGCUCGUGGCCGCGUUCCCGCUCGCGCAGUUCGCCGUGAGCCUGCCGUGGGGCUGGCUGUCGGACAAGCGCGGCAGGCGCCUAUCCAUCAUCGUCGGGCUGACCGUGUCGGCUGCCGCCAACGUCGCCUUCGGCUUCAGCAAGUCGUUCGGCGCUCUGCUGUUCUGGCGGAUCUUGGCCGGCCUCGCCAACGGCAACGUCGGAAUCAUGCGCACCGUCACGGCCGAGAUAGUCCGGGAGCGCAAAUACCAGACCAAGGCGUUCCUGCUGCUCCCGCUCGUGUUCAACGCGGGCAUGGUGGCGAGCCUGGCGCUGGGGGGUUGCCUCGCCGAGCCGGUCGUCAACCUCCCCUGGCUCUUCGGGCCGGACGGCCUGCUGAACACGAGCGGAAAUCUUGAAGGCGUGAGCUGGGUCCUCGAGUACCCGUACGCACUCCCGGUGCUGCUGAACGCUGUCUUCUUGGGAGCGUCACUGCUCCUGGCCGUGUGUGGCCUUAGGGAAACGCUACCGGGUAAGGAUGAUCGAAGCGACGUUGGUCUUAGGAUCGGGGCAGCGAUCGUUCAGCUGCUCAGGCGCAUGUGGUCGCGCAAAAGGGGGCAGGGGUAUUACAUGGUCGCCGAGAGUAGCGAAGAUACGCUCCUAGGCCAAGCCGGGUCAAAAGAGGAGACGCCGAAGCCAGAUGACACACCCCUUACUGGGCGCCGAAAGGUGUCUUUCAGACGCAUCUGGACACGCAGGGUGAUGUGCGCGCUGGUGUCUUUCGGGCUGCUGCCGCUACACAACUCAGCCUUCAUGCACAUAUUCCCCGUCUAUCUUAGCAGCCCGCCGGAGGACAACAGCGACGCCACAGCGUUCGCCUUCUCAGGGGGCCUCGGCUUGCGCUCCUCCACUAUCGGGUUGUGGCUCUCGACGUUCGGCAUAUGUGGUAUCCUGCUACAGCUAUUCAUCUAUCCGCGUCUGCAAGCGCGCAUCGGCACCCGCGGUGUCUUCCGCAUCGCGCUGUUCCUAUUCCCUGCCACGUACGCGGCCGCGCCGUACCUGUCGCUGUUAGCGGACGGCGUGCCCGCUGCCCGGUGGGUGCUCCUGGGACUGGUUGUGUGCGCCCAGAUCAUGGCGCGCACCAUGGCGAUCCCGAGCACAGUCAUCCUGCUCACGGAGGCAGCGCCAGCGAAUACGGUCUUGGGCACGAUCCACGGUGCCGGAAAUAUGCUAGCGAGCCUGGCACGCGCCAUCGGCCCGGCGAUUGGUGGGCACAUCUUUGCCGUAGGUGUCGAGAGAGGGAUUGUUGGACUGGUCUGGUGGCUGUACUUACUCACCGUCGCCCUGGCUGCCCUAGCCUGGUCGUAUGCCGUCGAUAGGGAUGCUGGUUAGUCCCCCGAGAGGUCGACCUCUUCGAUACGGAGAUAAAACAACUGGGAUGGGGACAGAGGGGCACUCAGUAUAGAUGUAGUAACUCAGAGAGUUUUCACAGCGAAUUGCUCAAGCGCCCCAAGUUGACUGUGAUCACGGGUGGUUG